AUGGUUGCUGCUUUCGUCGUCGUGCUGACGCUGUGGCUGCUUUAUUCCAAGGGGUUUCUUUACUCUGGUGACGCGGUGGCCCUGGAUGCGUCGAAGUUUCAGUCUUUCAAGCUGGUUGACAAAAUAUCUGUGAGCCACAACAGCUUUAUCUUCCGCUUUGCCCUGCAUUCACCCACGCAGCGGCUUGGACUUCCCAUCGGACAGCACAUCUAUAUUCGGAGUGCGGUUGUUAACGCAGAUGGAAAGUCAGAGAUGGUGCAGCAUGCGUACACACCCGUUUCCUCCGAUGACGACGUGGGUCAUGUGGAUUUUCUUAUCAAGGUGUACUUCAAAAAUGUUCAUCCGAAGUUUCCCAACGGUGGCCGUUUGUCGCAGCACUUGUACAAUCUUCCACUGGGGAGCGUGGUGGAAAUGCGGGGUCCUGUUGGCAAAUUUGUGUAUCUGGGAAACGGUAACUUUACUGUUAGUGAUGGGAAGGGCGAAGUGACGAAGAUGCACACGGAUGCACUGGCGAUGGUAGCGGGUGGCACAGGCAUCACACCGAUGAUGCAGAUUAUCCGUGCCAUCAUGAAAUCACCUGAGGAUCGCACAGAGAUUGCCCUUGUGUAUGCCAAUCAGACAGAGGAAGAUAUUCUGCUGCGGAAGGAACUGGAUGAGUGUGCCAAGGAUCAGCGCAUGACGGUGUGGUACAUGAUUGAUCGUGAUGUCUCUCCUCAGUGGAAGUACGGCACUGGCUUUGUGGACGAGGCAACGCUGCGUGCGCAUGUGCCUGUCCUGCAGCCCACGAAUCACAAGUACAGCCGUGCCGUUGCGCUGAUGUGCGGCCCGCCGAUGAUGGUUGAGAAGGCUGUGAGGCCUAAUCUGGAAAAAAUUGGCUACACAAAAGAAACCAUGUUUGCCUUUUAA